UUGUACAAAUGGUGAAAAUUGAAACUGCCCAAUGAUAGUGUGCACCAGUCCUACUGUCUUUUGGUCACGAGUGUCUAUUUGUCAAUAGCUGCUAAGAUUUAUUUUUGUCCGGUGUGUUUUUCUUCUCGGAAAUUACUACCAAUACUGGCGUGUUUAGUGUGAAUAAACCCAACCCGAGAAACGCACUGGUGGUUCGCGCAUUACAUAGUGAUGUCUAAGUCCAAGCUGAAUAGAAGCACCAUCUCGAAAGCGGAGCAACGUGCCGAGUAUCGUACCUUCAAGACCGUGUUCUCAUACUGCAUUUUAAUCAUCGUUCUACCCGUGCUUACAUUUUUCACAUCAAAACACUGGCUUUUCGAUGGGCUGCUGCAGCUCUCCAGUGUGACCAGUAAUAUCUACUCGGCGGUAAGCGCAGUAGUCGCACUGCACGUAGCUCUGUUUCUGUUUAUAUACAAAGCCUACUUUGCGGUUAGCAACGAUUCUCCCGAUAUCGGCAGCAGGGAUCGUGGGGACAAGAUUGCCCAAAAGGAAGACUAG